CACAUUAGGUAAGCAAUCUUCAGAGCUGCAUCUCUCCAUCCAGAGCUCAGGUCUACAAUGGCAACGAUCAGCGCCACUGCGGCCACGGUCGCUGUCGCCGGCAGGCCGUCGCUGGGCCUAGGGCUGCCCCAGCUGAGGGUGACCAGGGCCGAGAGGCUGAGGUGCGCCUACUCCAAGGACGGUAAGGAGGCGAUUCCUGCCGUCAUCAAGGGCGGCGUGCCGCUGCUCGGCGCGGCCACCGCCAUGGCCACGGCUGCGGCGCCGGCGAUGGCGCUGGUGGACGAGCGGGUGUCCACGGAGGGGACCGGACUCAGCUUAGGUCUCAGCAACAACCUGCUGGGGUGGAUCCUGCUCGGCGUCUUCGGCCUCAUCUGGUCCCUCUACACCGUCUACUCCUCCACCCUCGACGACGACGACGAGUCCGGCGGCCUCUCGCUCUGAACUCUCAACCACCACGCCACCACCGUCUUCUUCUUCUGCAUGCCUGCGAAUGACAUUGUUUAACUCAAGAUUCAAGAAGCAGCAGUCAGCUAUGAGCUUAUGACAGUGUUAAAUUGUUGCGAAUGUUAUGAUCGUUUUUUUCUCAGCGAGUUCCAGUUCAAUUGUGUUAAUCUAUGUAAUCCAGCUGUUAGUAAUCGAUCUGGGCCUAUGGGGGUCCUAAUUAAGAUCCAAAAGCAGCACACCUAAGCAUUCAGUUUAGGGAUCCCUUCA